AUGGAUCCUCAGGCUCAGCUCGCCGCACUUCCUGCUGGCCUUCCCGAGGACACCUAUCACGCUCUCGAGGCAAUCCUUCAUGAUCUUGACCACUGCGUUACUCACGCUCAGGCCCCAGCCCUUUCUGCCAACGAUAUCCGCAUUGCCCUCGAACACGGUUUUGCGAACACCCAAUUCAAUCUCCCUCCGGCACAUUUUACUCUCCCGCCUGCUCCUCCUCCGCCACCUGUUUCUGUGCAUCCCGGCCAAUUCAAGGUCGACCUCGCACAUUUCCACAGCAAGGAUAGCGACGAUCUUGGUGCUUGGCUGACGUUGAUCGAGGAUUACCUCCGAGGUCAGCACAUUCCCGAGGUGGAUUGGCCGUUACAAGUCCCGAUGCUGUUCCGUGGUGAGGCUCAGCAUUGGUACGUUGCACAGAAGAAGAAGAUCGGGCGCGGCUUUACCUGGGCUGAGUUGCGAAAGGCUCUGACAGACAAGUUCGAUACACCGUUGCGUGUUGAGACUCUGCGCAAUGAGCUGCGUUCUAUUCCUGAGGUUGACAUAACGUUUGGUGACCGCUUGUCGAAUUUUCUCAGCCGUCUUCCAGUCGAGUUUGCAAAGGACAUCCGCUGCGACAAGCCGAAGAAUGUCAAGGAGAUGUAUUUUUCGGCGCGCGAGAUCGAACGCCUCUCAAACCUUCAUCAUGUCCCUGCGCAGCAUCAGAACAACACGAACGGUUUCCGCAAGAAGACGAAAGGGUUUACUCACUGUCUUUUUUCAUCAUCUUCGUCUUCUCUGUCUGCCGCAUCAUCCUCACCUUUGGCUCCUCCUACGUCUUCGUCACCAUCUACUGGUCCAGUUCCGAUGGACCUUGAUGCGAUGGAACAGCCACCGCCACUGAAGAUGAAGGAUCGGGUUAGCCGUGUACGUUGCUUUAACUGCAAUGGCCUUGGCCAUUAUAGCCAAAAUUGUCGCUUACCUCGGAAACGUCGUCCUCCGCAGGAGUUGAACCUCUUCGAGGGAAGCGAGCCCCCGCUGUUCACUGAUUGCUGCGAGGAACCGUUGGAGUUAUCAGUGCUUGGUCUAUCCGAUGACGCACCUGAACCUCAUUUAUUGCCCACCUAUGCUGUCCAGCUCGCUCCCAGUGUCAAUGCGAAGCCUCUUCAGCUCGCGUCGGCCAUUAUUAAUACUGGUGCCGCCUACUGCUAUAUCAAGCCGUCAGUUGUCAGAAGGGCUAAUCUUACGACGUACCCUAUGACAGCUCAUUCUGUUCGCGGUGCGGGUGCCACUACCACGUCAGCUUGGGCUCAUUUCACCAUCAAAAUCGGGGGUUGGCAGAAGCCGAUUUGCGCAUUCAUUUUGGACACCGAUACACUGCGCUUCGACAUGGUUAUCGGCCAAGAAUGGCUGCAGAAGUAUAAUGCGCAGCCUGAUUGGGCUACGCACUCUUGGUUCUUGAUGGAUCCGCGUACUUGUCAGGUUGUACGGCUGCAUGCCAUGACUGUACAGCAGCCUCUUCCCCUGCCGCGCAUCGCUGGAGUCACUGCAUCAAACCGUUGGGCUUCUCUUGUAGCUGCCCCGUUGGAGUUGUACUCGUUAGCUGAAGAACCUGUAACUGAGUCUCCGCAGGAAACCUCUGGCCGCAAAUCCCCACUAGCGAAGAUCAAAUCGUUUGGUGCGUGCUUGCAUGCGCGUAUGAAGGCAAAGUUUCCAUGGUUAUUUCGUACGAAGCUUGGUGCACCACCGGCAGGUCGAUGUGAACAUGUCAUCGAUGUGACUGGAACACGACCAAUUCGUGCGCAUGGGCGUCCUUUAUCACCACCGGAGCACGAGGAGGUUCGGAAGUUUGUUGACGAAGGUCUGCGGGAUGGAAUUAUUGAACCGAGCAAGUCUCCGUGGUCCGCGCCAUUGAUUCUCAUUCGGAAGAAGGACGGGAAAAUGCGGGUAUGUGUUGAUUUCCGUCAGCUUAAUAACUUCACUGUACGGAAUGCUUACCCUCUUCCUCGUAUCGAUGAUUCCUAUCAAAAUCUUUGUGGCGCGCAUUUCUUCACGACCCUUGACUUGCGAUCCGGUUACUGGCAGAUCCCACUCAGUGCUGCAUCACGCCCGCUGACCGCGUUUGCUACGCGUUUCGGCCACUAUCAGUUUCGCGUUAUGCCUCUUGGCCUCUGCAAUGCACCUGCGACUUUCCAGAACUUUAUGAACGACCUCCUUCGUUCGCAUCUUGAUCGCUGCAUAAUGGUCUACCUUGAUGACAUCAUCAUCUACUCACCGAACCUUCCGCAGCAUCUCACUGAUGUCGACUGGGUCCUCACCCGUCUUGGUCACCAGGGUCUGAUCCUACACGAGGACAAAUGUCAGUGGGUUCAAACCGAGUUGACUUAUCUCGGGCACAUUGUUUUUAUUGCCGGUGUCCAUCCGAAUCCAGAGAAAGUCCAGGCCAUCACUGAAUGGCCACGUCCCAAUAACGUUACUCGUCUUCGCGGUUUCCUCAAUCUUACUGGCUACUACCGCCGUUUCAUGAAAGGGUUUGCGAAGAUUGCUGGGCCAAUGUACGAUGUAUUGAAGGGCAAUCCCCAGAAGCGUGCUGAAAUUAAAUGGUCAGCCCCUUGCGAACAGGCUUUUGUCGCUUUGAAAUCGCGACUUACCUCUGCUCCUCUUCUCAGUUACCCAUCACCUUGGUGUCUCUUCGUUCUCGAUGUUGAUGCUUCGGGCCAUGCUAUUGGUGGUAUCCUCCAUCAAUCGCAAAAUGAUUUUCCCAAGGGGGAGGGAGAUCGCUCACACUUCGCAUUCAAGGAGUCUGAUCUUCGGCCGAUUGCUUUUGAAUCAUGUCGUAUGACCCCGACUGAGCAGCGGUACUCCACACAGGAGCGCGAAAUGCUUGUGAUUGAUCACUGUUUGCAGAAAUGGCGAAGCUACGUUGAAGGCUCACCUGUUGUUGUGCGUUCCGACCAUGAAUCUUUGAAGUACUUCUUGUCGCAGAAACAUUUGGGUCGCCAUCUUGCCCGUUUCGCUGAUAACAUCGCACACUUUGAUGUGCUAAUCCGGUACCACCCCGGUCGUAAUCCGCUUGCCGCUGAUGCAUUGUCCCGUCGUGAUGGCCAAGCUGAUGUUCCAGACUACGAGGCCUCUGGCCCAUUGUUUGUGAACCCGAUGGAGCCAGCAGUGGACCAUGAUAGGUCAGCGCUUUUCGAGACUUUGAAGAAAUGGAGAGAAGACUUACUUCGAGAUGUUAGUGCUGAGCCGAGUCGUCGCGGCUUCCUCGUCCGCGAUGGUGCACUCUUUCACUCUGUUGACCUUGGUCAGGGCGAAGUCUUCUUGCCAGUUCCGGUGAACCUUGACGAGGCCUUGCGGGUCAUUCGGGAGGUAUACACCGACCUCGGACAUCUCGGUGUUCGUGCGGUUGCGGAAGCAUUGAAGUCGCGUGUAUGGCUGCCAAUUGUCACUGAGUUAGUCGAAUUCGUUAUCCGUCGCUGCGAUGCUUGCCAGUUCACGCAGCGCGAGGCUCCACCUGCCCAGCCGUUGCACCCACUUCCUCGUACGGAUGUCUUUGAUCGUUGGGCUUUCGACUUUAUAGGUCCCCUGGUGAAAUUGAAAGAAGGAAAUGAGUAUAUUCUUACCGCCAUGGAUCACGGCACCGAUUUUGCCUACGCGACUGCAAUUCCACGCCAUUCUCAUAUUGCUGUCAUCGCGUUGCUGCGCCGCCUUAUCACGACCCAUGGGAAGCCUUCCACCAUCCUCACGGAUAAUGGAGAGGAAUUUCUGUCGUAUCCUUUUCAGAAUUAUCUUCAAAUAUCUCCACCGACAAACCUCCCUUUCGAGAGGGCAAGGGAGCCGAUUCCGGGUCCACUCCCCUCUGCCUCUGCUGUCGCCGGCCCGGCCACAAGUUCUCUCAAUGCACGGAAACGACAAUGGCGCAAGGAGUCGACACGCUCUCGAGAUAUCUCAACAACAAGCUCGUACUCCGUUCCAACUCAGCCCCUCUCUGCAUCACCUUCCAACUCAAUUCCGCCAAGCACAUCUGCAAACAGCACCAUCCUGAACAACAUGUCUGUUCUUUCUGCGGCUCCUCCGAGCACGGAGCCUGUGCGAGAAAAUGCACCUAAUGAGGGCGACGUGACCCUCCUUCUUGGCGUGCGGCUACGUCUUCUUGAUGACUUUGAGGAGUGGUAUCCCCCUCCUGAUCUCUCUGCUCCCAACAAGCCUCAUGUGUACUUCAAUGAUCUGCGAUUUGAGCCCUCUGCAUUUGACAAUGACCCCGAUUUCUCCCUCAUCCUGACUCCAUAUUCCGCGCCCGCAUUCAAGCGCUAUCUUGAAGAUGCCGGCCUCCUCACGCAAUAUCCUGAACUAUGCUUCAAACUCACGCACGGCUUUCCACUCGGCAAUCUCGCCCCCAUUCCCGAAUCAUUUACUCCCAACAACCUCCCUAGCUUGCACAUCCACGCCGAAGUCAUUGCAGAGUACAUAUCUGAAGAACUCGCUCUUGGCCGCUUCAUGGGCCCAUUCACACGAGCACAACUCGAGGCCAAGAUUGGGCCAUUCCGUUCAUCCCCUCUCCAAGUCGCGACGAAAGUCGGUGCAUGUGGUGAACCGGACAAAUUUCGCAUCUGCCGCCAUCUCUCAUACAAGGGCACAGUGGGCCAAUCGGUCAAUGAUGAGAUUGAUGUGAAAGACUAUCCCACGCGAUGGGGGAAAGCCACCGACGUUGCAGAAAUUAUCUCAGCGGCGCCACUUGACACGCAGGUUGCCACGCUGGACAUAGCAGGUGCAUACCACACGAUCCCGGUCAAACCAGACCACAAACGCUUCCUCAUCGUCCUCUUUCGAGGAUUUUUCUACGUUGAUCAUAAUGUACCUUUCGGCCUCGCUUCUGCUUCGGGCCUCCAAGGCGAGGUCGCAGACGCCACCGUCGAUAUAUGGGAAUCUCUCGAGGUACUCCCAGUUGUCAAAUGGGUUGACGACUUUGCUCUCUUCCGCUCUCCGUGUGAGAUCGGAUCUUUCACAAGCAGUGGCUUCCACUACCGCUAUGAUCUCACUCACGCUAAGGAACUUAUCGCUCCGCUAUGCAUCCCAUGGCACUUGACGAAAGGCCAAGAGUUUGCGGACUCAUUUGAUUAUGUCGGUUUCCACUGGGAUAUCGUGUCACGUACCAUCUCUCUCCCCGAGCGCAAACGACUUAAAUACCACGCUCACCUCCUUCUCUUCCUCCAGACCUACGAAAACUCGCAGGUAUCGAAAAAAGAAGCACAGCGGCUCAUCGGGAAACUCUCUCACAUCACGUUUGUAUACCUACACGGUCGCUCAUACAUGAGCAACUUAUUCAUCUGGCUUCGCACAUUCAACAACGACUUCGCCCCGCGCUACAUGCGCUCUUCCAUCAUCUCCGAUCUCAAAUGGUGGCUGUCCACCCUCAUGACUGCCUCCACACCUCGCUCACUAUCCCCUCGUGGAUCUACUCGUGAUUAUGGCAUCUGGGUGGAUGCCUCGACGAGCACAGGCAUCGGUGUCAUAUGGAACAGCUACUGGGAUGCUUGGCACUCCGUCGAGGGCUGGAAAGUACCCGGUCGAGACAUCGGAUGGCUCAAGGGCAUUGCAGCUGAGAUCGCCAUACUCAUCGCAUACCAACUGGGCAUCCGAGAUGCCAACAUCCUCAUCCGGAGUGACAAUGAUGGCAUCAUUGGCACCUUUCAGAAGGGUCGCUCCAACAACAUGGAGACUAAUCUCUGCAUUCGCCGCUCCGAAGAGAUCUUUCGCACGACUGGACUAUCAAUUUCCCUUAUCUACAUCAAUACAAAAGAUAACCUCGCGGACCCCGUAUCGCGGGGGAUCUAUCCCGCUGACUCUUUUCAUCUCCCUCUUUCCAUCUCUCUCCCAGCCGCCAUCUCUCCCUGCAACUAUGGGGCGGGCCUUCUAUGUUUCAUGCAAUACUGUGACCAGCACGCCAUUGGCAAGUCACAGUGCAAGCCGGCAUCGGAGUCACUCCUCGCAGCAUUCGCAGCCUCUGCCGCGGGCAUGAUCUCGGAUAAAACUCUCUCCAACUGGCUCGCCGGUCUCCAUUACUGGCACACAGUCAAUGGUGCAGCAUGGCAUGGACGCGACAUGCUACGCCAUGUCCGACGAGGUGUUGCGAAGCUUGUCCCUCCUGACUCGAAACGCGCAAAAUGGCCACCAGUCACCAUUGAAGCCCUCACAGCCCUGAAAGACGGGCUCAAUCUCUCGAAUGCUUUUGAUGCAGCCGUUUGGGCUAUAGCGAGCAUCGCGUUCUGGUGCUGCUGUCAUCUGGGGGAGCUGGUCAUUCCGAGCACCAACCUGUUCGACGCUCUCAAACACGUAUCACGCCUCGCCCUUCCAGUCACGUUCGGUCAUCUCACCAAUGGCGUGGACUAUGCCACCUUCCAUAUACCAUGGACAAAGACCACCUUACAGGACGGUGCCGAUAUCUCCAUCACUGCGCGCAGUCACUCCACUUGUUCUCUCGCGGUGCUUCAUCAUCACCUUGCAUGCAACAUCGAGAUUUCCGCGUCUGCACCCCUCUUUGUGUUCGAGACGGCGGCUGGCGGCUGA